AAUAUAAAGCAAGUCUGGAGCGGAGAGUGGCCAGUGUUUCCUUGAUGGUGUAGAGGAGCUGGUUCACGCCUCACCUCUGGUCACCAUCACUCCUCUCUCUCUCCUGAAAAAUCAGUGAGCCGUGAAAACGUGACACUUGUGGAGGGUUGGUGCGGGCCCUGACCUCCAUGAUGCUGCCCCUCUUGCUGCCCUCCCACCUCCUGCUGCUACAAGUGCUAAGAGUGGUGGUAGUGAUGGUGUCAGGUGGGGUAGUGGGAAGCAAGGCAAGUCCCACCUCCACCUUCUUGAUGGUGGCACAGGAUGUGGAGGUGCCCAACCUGCACACCACCAUCAUGACACCUACAGCCUGUGCCCUCGCCUGUUAUGCUGCUGGCACCCACCACUGUCUAGGGUUUCUCUGGCGGCCAUUCCUCGCCUCCACGGGGACCCAUAAGGAUGAGUGUGACAAAGAAAGGGAGUCAUGUGGUAGGUCCAUGGACGGUCGGUGUGGUCUUCUGCAGUGCAUCCCUAACCCCUCUAGCCUCAGGUUCUUUCCUGGAGCCCAGAUCUUUCUUCUAAGAGGACAAAACUCCCCUGCCUUUGGCUCCAUCAAAGCUCCUGGUAGUUAUACAAUGGCAUGCACUUUUGCAUAUAGAGUGUACAGCAAGAUUCUACUUGGCUAUGAUGAAGCAGAGCGUCGCUGUGCUCAGGACGGUGCACAACUCAUUGCUAUCAAGAGUGUGGAGCAGCAAGAGGUGGUGCAGAGGAGCAUACAGCAGAGGGAGGCUCACUGGAUUGGCCUGAGUGACCGACACAAGGAGGGUGAUUGGCUACUUUCAGAUGGAAGCAAGCCUACCUACAUGAACUGGGACUUGGGGCAGCCUAACAACUACGAGAAGUAUGGCCAGGACCAGGAUUGUGUUAUGCUCUUCCAAGGUGCUUGGAAUGACAACCAAUGUGACCAGAAACUUCGCUUCAUAUGUCAGAUUACCUUCCUUGAGCUCUGAAGCUAUUGCAGUAUAUUACUAGUUAAUGUUACAAUGACAGGUUAAAGGAACUCUAGCUAAGAUCCCUAGAGUAGAGAGAACAAAAGGAAAUGUAAUCAUUACAUUCAAAGUAUUGGGGUGAAUAGACAAAGUGGACAAGGACAGCCUUUUCAGAUUGAGGAUAAAUAGAGGAUAUAGAUGGAACUGGAAAUGCAAAUGGGCUAGAAAGAAGUGGGAAAACGCUUGACACGGUCAAGGUGUUCAACAAGUGGAAUGCUUUGAAAGAAGUGAAAAUCGCCUCCAUCUACAGAUUCAAGAACAUAUAUGAUACGAAUAUAAUGACAAGAUAUUUAAACACACCAGUUCCAAAUAACUAGAUGGGGCCCAGAGAAUACUAGGUUUCUCUUUUGGUAGGCACUAUAGGGCAGCGUAUACAUAUGUGCAAAAACACGCACACACAUACACACAUUUCUUUUGCAAACAGAUUGGUAGACAGUUGGAACAAGUUAAGUGAGAAGGUGGUGGAGGCCAAGACCGUCAGUAGUUUCAAAGCAUUGUAUGACUAGAGUGCUGGGAUGACAGGACACCACUAGCAUAGCUCUCAUCCUAUAACUACACAUGGGUAAUUAUUCACAAACACUAACCUCCUCUAUUAUCCAAAGCAACCACCAUACAUGAACAUAAUGGUCAGAUAAGUGGCUACUAGAAUUCAGUUCAACAAAUGCAAGACAAUGAAAAUAAAAGAACCAUUUAACAGUACAUCCUAAGAUGAGAGGCAGCUUGUAAAUUUAGAAAGAUAAAAUAAUUAAAAAUAAUAAUAGGAAUAAUUCAUUGUAUCGGGGACAGGCAGCCAGUGUGUAUAUACAUGUUGGGCUUUUAUUGCAGAUCUUUUCCCAGGUGGAACUACUGAUCACCCAAACGAUGCAACCACAACAAGCUAACUCCUGGGUACCUAUUUACUGCUAGGUGAAUGGGGGUAUUAGGUGACAGGAAACACACCAAACUAUUUCUGCUCCACCCAGGAUUCGAACCCGGAAUUCUCGAUUGUGAGUCGAAAACGAACCCGACUGCACUACCGUGACCCAUAUAGGUGGCCAUGACAGUAUGUCACCACACAUGCACACAAAUAUGAUAACAGCAGCAGCAUAUGAGAGCUUAUUUAUUAUUAUUAACAUCUUUAUUGGCAAAAUUAAUUACAAUUUUGCCUAAUCUGAAGAUUUUGAUAAAGUCUUAUUAAAGUGAGGAUAAUGCUGGU